AUGGCACCAUGGCUGCAGCUGGCAGCAUUACCCUCCUCUCUCCUCGUUCUCAUCGCCAGCUCAAUUCCCCCAGCAUCUUGCCAGCAUCUGGACCUGCGAUGGCCGUACAAUCUCCCCGCAGACUCGAAAUACUACCCCGAAGAUGAGUUGAUGGUCAAGCGGGAUAUGGCCGUGCAGCGGAAGCUACAAAAGAGCAUGCCGACCGGAGUGAGGAAAAUGAGUGGAGAUCCCGGAGAAAAGUUCUAUCUGGAAUACUGGGGGUUUGAGGAGCAAGAGGAGGAGUUCAACAACUACUCGUCAGAUUGGACCAAUGUGACGUUCUUCACAUCCUUCGAACAACCAGUCCGACUCCACGACCGCCACCAGCGUCCUCGCCUCUUUCGGCGACUACUACCUGGCUGGCAUCUCUUCUCAGAGAGGGAUUUCCAGUGUCCCACAGGCACAUCACCCUGCACCUCGAUCGAUCGACCCAACAGCUGCUGCGCAACUGGCUACACCUGUCAACUGGUCCAAGACACUGGAUUGGGAGACGUCGGAUGCUGUCCCGAUGGCCAGGUCUGCGGGAAUGCGCUCUCAACAUCGUGCGCGAGCGGAUAUACCUCGUGCCCGAACGAUCCAGGCGGUGGGUGCUGUCUUCCGGGAUACGCGUGCUACCAAGUCGGAUGUGUUCAGACCUCGACCGCGACAAUUCUGACGAAUCCAACGCCAUCAACGACGACUGUGACGAGUUAUACGACGGUAACACCUUCGCCCUCGACGCCCUCGACGCCCUCGACAACGACAGUCACGUCCACGACUAAGACCGCCCCAACAUCGACCCGAACUUCGAGCGUCACACCACUGCCACCAGUCAUUUCAACCGUGACGCUCACAGUCACAGUGACCUCCGCCACGACCCUCCCACUCACGUGCUCCUCUGGAUACCAAUCCUGCCCGGCCUCACUGGGAGGCGGGUGCUGCCCAACGGAUCGCCAAUGCGGCUCUGCAAAUUGUCCUCCACUGUCCACAUCAUCCUCGGCGACACCAGAACCACCCGUGCGUCCGACUUCUCUUACGACGACCGUCGAGACGACAACCACGACCACGACCCACUCCACGUCGCUAUCCUACCCGGUCACCGGGUGUCCCACUGGCUUCUACGCCUGCUCUGCCUACUACGUCGGCGGAUGCUGCCAGAUCGGCCGCAACUGCGACUCGACAUCCUGUCCCGCUCUGCCUUCCACGACGCUGGUCUCCGGGAGCACCCUGACCAUUGUCGCGCCGACAGGUCCGGGAAUCACUGCGCCGGGAACACUGGCAACGGGGAACUGUGCCAAGGGCUGGAUGACCUGCGCCCCAAGCGUGGGUGGAGGGUGUUGCCCCAGCGGCUAUGUCUGCGGCGCAACUAGCUGUAGCGUCCCCGCCGAUGUGACUGGGGCAGGUGGAGGCGUUGGGAAACAGGCACCGAAUGCAGCGAGGAAGAGGGAGCAUUUCUGGGGUGGUACUUCUUGGGUCUUCAUGGGUGCGUGGUUGCUCUUUUGA